ACAACAGGCGGCGUUCUCUGGAACCACCUCUCAAGCGAAGUACACGGCCUCGCCGCCGUCUACCACGUUAUGGACCUCCCUUCACCUCGAGAAAUUGAGUUGGAGACCCUCGUGAGGCAACGGGACACGCAAAUAGCAGAGCUCACGGAUGAACUUACGCACUUGCGUCAAUACCUAUCCACGCAACCGAGUCCUAAUACCACAGAUUCACUCUCGUUGCCUCCUGCGCUGGUGACGCUACUGCUACCUCAUAUCAAAGACCAUACCUCGAGCGCCACCGGCUCAGCUUCGGGCACAGUGACCUCCGCACUCACUCAAAGGGUGAAGGUGCUCCAGGAAGAAAAUGACGAACUCUACGAGCUGCUUAAGAGCAGCGAAACAGGCCACCUGAAGGACGAUGUGCGUGCUCUCCGGAGAGUCGUUCAGAAGUUAGAGGGAGCGCUUAGAGAGUCGCACCAGACGAUUACAUCACUUUCGGGCGAGUUGGAGAAGACCCAUGCAACCCUAAUUGUCCAACAUAAGCCUAACCAUUACAAUCCUCACUCUCUUCCACAUUCACCUGCUCCCGGUCAAACGCCACUCCCAUCACAGCCUAUAAGCGCGACCAAUGGGCAGAAGAAAUUGCCUCCCACUGGCCCACGUGCACAUAAAAAGCCUCGUCUGUCGGAGUCGCAGAUGCCGCCUCAACGACCAAAUCCACCUCCUCCACCUGCUUUUACACCUAAAAUGUAUAACCGACCACAGAGCAGUUUAUCUCGUCACAACGAGUCACGUGAACGCUCUCCACGCCCGCCACCGGGUAGGAAAGCCUGGCCAAUCAAGAUGGAUGUGGACGAAGACCAGAGGACAAGACCCCGUUCACCCCGUUCUCCUGAGCGAAGUCGGGAAAAUCAGCGUGAAAGAGAACGAGACGUUGGACGGGAUGAUAGGGAAAGAGAGCGUGAACGCGAACGCGCUCGUGAUCGAAAUUGGCCAAAGGACAAGGAUCGCGAGAAGGGUCGGCAGGAUCGAAAGCGAGACCGUGAACGGGAUCGCCCUGUACGGCGCAAUGUCGUUGGCAAUGGCGGAGGCGGUGGGCGGCGUGACUCAUCUAGCAGCCAUCCGGGCUCCUACGCGGGAGCAGACCGAACGUUGGCGGAACGCAUGGGACUUUGACUGAAAUUGUACGACUUUUCUCUGUCUGGGUUUGAGAAAUGGACAGGAUAGGAUGAGUCUAUUACACCCACGGUCCAUUUAGCUUAUACGGUGCGAUCCCAUUUCUCGCUAAUUGCACUUGCAUCGGAUGUCGCAAUCUAACUUAUUCGUAUUUGCUCCCCUCUGCAUCACAGUUGUAUCAUACUAUCAUCUGUCCCCGCUGUCGUACUGCUCUGUGUUCGAAUCGUAUCUUGUAUCCUUUUUCUUCUUUCGCGACUGUUUCUUGCUAACGGAACUGGUUUUCAUUCAAUGUAAUUAGAUUCUUCUAUCCUUCCUCCGGAUUGUAGUGUUUGUAUGCGACAACAACUAUUACGCUAUUCCACCCACACGGUACCGUCCCCACGCAUCUUUUUCACAUGGCUUUUUCGCUUGUUGUAUAUCUCACCAUGUAUAUCUAGCCAGACGUAUCUCUCAGCGAGUUCCGUUCCUUCGUC